GUUUAUUAGGGAAGUACCAGGUUAUAAUUCAGGUUCAGAAAAUGUCUCAGGAUACAGUACUUUGGUCAGGACAGCUUCUUGGCCAUGCCCCUUGGCCUCUUGGCCUGGCCUCUGCCCUGCUUGGGCAAAUGUUACGAAGCUCCUUAGCUCCACUGAUAAGUGCCCAGAGGUACGCUACUCCACCAGCAAGCCUUCUGCCCAAAGGUGCUCAGCUUUCUCACUCUGUGGGCUGGGAAGCUCACCGCACCCUCUCCUGCCAGGUUCCUGAUUCUGCUGCUGCUGUUUCUCUGCCACGCUUGCCGCCGCUUCUCACCGUCUUGCACCGCCACUGGUUACAGCUGUGUCUCCUGGGUUAGGAGUUUCUCAGUGCAGGUACCCCAGGUCCAAAGGAUGCACUCCACUCCUGGCUCUUUCUUGGCGAUAGUCAGGUCCUCCGCUUUCUGCCUCUGAGAUAGCUCAUUUUCAGCCUAGCGGGAUGGCAAAACUUAACCAGUCCCCUCGUUAGGGUUCCAUAUACUUUAUUUGCAUGAUCCCACCCCCACAAGGGUGCCAUGCACAUUAUUUGCAAGCUGUUCAAUUUCCUUGGUAGACCACAAGCACCUUAUUUGCAUAGUCCCACCCAAUCAUUUGACGGGAGUUACAAGACCAUGGCGAGAAAGGCUGUGUAAAAGUGAUCCACUACACUGCAAGCAGUCAGUAAAGGCUUCCUUGAAACGACUACUAAGCUAAGUCCUGAAGGAUGAGUAGGAGUUUGCCAGGAGAACAGAGGGACUAAAAUGGAGGGAACAAAGAAGGAGAAGCAAUUCAGUUUGGCUGCAGCAUUGUGUGUGUUAAAAGAUAAAAUCAGAGAGGUAAGCAGGGUCAGAUCUUAAAGCCAUAUGAAAAAAAUUUGGACUUGAUCCUGAGAAGAAUGGAGAGACAACUGAAUUGUUUUAAAUGGGAAUAAAGUUAGGUUUAUUCUUUGGACUUCAGGGUGAAUAGACUGGAGAGGAGCAGAAGGCUUGCUAGAGCAAUUAGUUAAGAAAUGAUGGAGUCUUGAACUAGGGUAGUGGCAGUGGGCCUGGAGAGCCAUGAAUGUAUUAUUAAAGAGAUAAUUAGGAGAUAGAAGAGACAGGAUUGUGUGACAGAUUGGAUGUGGAGGCUGAGGCAAAGGGAAGGGUCUGAGAUGACACUCCAAUGUCUAAAUUGAGGACAACUAGUACAACUUUACAGAGAGGGGAAGUCUUGGGGAAGAAAAUAAGGAGUUCAGUUUUGGACUGGGUGAGUUUAAGGUGCCUGGGAGAGACAUGUCCAUGUGAUGUCCAGUGAACUUUUGGAUGCUGGAUCUGGAACUCUACAGAUAAUCUGGGACAGAGAUGAAGAUUGGGAACAGUCAGCAUAAAUGCGGUAGUUGAAGCCUUGGGGUGGGUGAGAUCCUUAAGGGAGGAUUUGAAGUUCUGAGAAAAGAAGGUCCGUGAUAGGACCAUUAGGGAUAUGAUUAAGGGAUGGAUAGUGGAAGAUGAGCCUGCAAAGAAAACAAAUGACCAGAGGGAUGGGAGGAAAACUAAAUUCAGGGUCAUGGGAGUCAAGAUAGAAUGGAUUUCAAGGUUAGAUUCCUUAGAACAUGCUUCCAUCACACCUUGAAAUUAUAACACUGACACUCAUGUUCUCUUUCUCAUGCUGGACUAUAAACUCUAGGAGCAUAGGGUCUCUAUUGGCCUGAUUAUUAUUUUAUCCCAGUACUCCACACACUGCCUGGCACAUAGUAGGUGUUCAAUAAACAUAUGAAUGAACGAAGGGUCUUGAUCUAUGGGGGAAGUCUCACCAGAUGGUGGAAUGUGCCUCCAGGAAUGAACAUGUUAUAAACUGCACUUCAUUAUCAAGCUUUGUUACCAAUGGUGACUAGAAAGUGCGUUGUGAUGUGUGUGGAAUGUGGGACCUUGGGGGAAUUCCGUAACCAGGAGGAAGAAGUAACAACAGCCAAUGGAGAUGAAAAGCACCCCUUUCUUCCCCCCUCCAAGUUCCUAGUGGAGAGCUGAGCCCAGCAUUCCAGGCUCAGGUGACUUCAUAAGCAAGCAUUCGGAGAUUUGCUUCACUUUGGGUGCCUUAGCCCUCAGCAGCUCAAGGUGUAGGCCUCAGCAGACAGGAGACUUCCAAGUGGCAAAGCUCCCUCACUCAGCGAGUCCAACACCAUGGGGAAGGGAGACACUCUAGAGGACCCACCACCCACCUCAGCCUACCGCUCUGUCAUGGAGGAGUAUGGUUAUGAGGUGGGCAAGGUCAUUGGCAAUGGCUCCUAUGGGACGGUGUAUGAGGCUUACUACACAAAGCAGAAGGUCAUGGUGGCUGUGAAAAUCAUCUCAAAGAAGAAGGCCUCUGAAGACUAUCUUAACAAGUUUCUGCCCCGUGAGAUACAGGUAAUGAAGGUCCUGCGGCACAAGAACCUCAUCAACUUCUAUCAGGCCAUCGAGACCACAUCCCGAGUGUACAUCAUUCUGGAGCUGGCUCAGGGUGGUGAUGUCCUUGAGUGGAUCCAACGCUACGGGGCCUGCUCUGAGCCCCUUGCUGGCAAAUGGUUCUCCCAGGUGACCCUGGGCAUCGCCUACCUGCACAGCAAGGGCAUUGUGCACCGCCUGACGCCCAGCCUUUCUGCUGCUGGUAGGGACUUAAAGUUGGAGAACCUGUUGCUGGACAAACGGGAGAAUGUGAAGAUAUCGGACUUUGGCUUUGCCAAGAUGGUGAUUCCUAACCAGCCUGUGCGUAGUAGCCCUUCUUAUCGCCACAUGAACUGCUUUGCCCACCUCAGCCAAACCUACUGUGGCAGCUUUGCUUAUGCCUGCCCGGAGAUCUUGCUAGGCUUGCCCUACAACCCUUUCCUGUCUGACACCUGGAGCAUGGGCGUCAUCCUCUACACCCUAGUGGUCGCCCGUCUGCCCUUUGACGACACCAAUCUCAAGAAGUUGCUGAGAGAGACUCAGAAGGAGGUCACUUUCCCAUCUAACUAUACCAUCUCCCAGGAGUGCAAGAACCUGAUCCUACAGAUGCUACGCCAAGCUACCAAGCGUGCCACCAUCCUGGACAUCAUCAAGGACCCCUGGGUACUCAAGUUCCAGCCUGAGCAACCCACCCAUGAGAUCAGGUUGCUUGAGACCAUGUGCCAGCCUCCCAGUACCACUAAUCACCACCAGUCUUUGGAAAUCAAGACCUGAGAAUGGCUGAGGGAGGGGGAUGAGAGAGGAGCACAGCAGGAGGGCCUGGGGCUAAAAUCUUUUAUAAGAAAAAUAAAUUUAAUUCAGAUUUAGUUUCAUCA